AACGCAAACCGCCUCUUGUCUUUGCGAUUCCUGUGUUUCACCUGUGUAGACCUAUUGCGAAGUGUUUUUGUCGAUUUGAUUACCAUGUCUGUUCAAUCUCUUGUCGAAGAAAACUGGCAAACAACAAAACCUACCAUCAAGGAAAGGUGCACGUUCCUGUUUAACAACGAUAUGUUGAGCGAUGUGAAGUUGAUUGUACCUGCAGUGACAAGUGCCGAAAGUGAAAGUAAAAAAGCUAAACGGGUGAUCUCGGCUCACAAGUUUAUACUGUCGAUCAGCAGCCCCGUGUUCUACACCAUGUUUAACGGUGA